GCAAAGAGAGCCAUUUUUCCUUCGAGCCUGCUGCUACUCGCCUCAAACACAAAAAAAACCCGCGCCUUUUUAUUUCCAAGAGAGUGAGUUCUCAGAGCAAAUCCAUUUUGGUCCGUACUAAUACAACAACAAACCAAACAAACAAACAAACAACAACAACACAUUAUCAACAGCAAGGUUUAAAAAUUACCUUCCCGUGAACAAUUCAACUCAUCAACUCAUCAACAACAACUAACUUGUAAAAAACCAAGAAAAUGGGUUUAGUAAAUAGUCGUCCAGAACAUCCGCACAAUCCACCAAGUAAACCACCAUCCAGAAAGAAUAAUCAUCUAUCUGAUGAUGAUAUGGUCAUUAAGAAACUCAAGAAGGGUAAUCGUCAAGCACAGAAUAUGCCAGAGGAGGAAUUGAGAGAGUGGGCACGUUCAUUGUGUAAUGAAACUGAUUUGAAGGAGUGGUAUCUGAAUCCGGAAUUUGCUACCACUGUUGAACAUUAUGAAAAGUUGGAAAAGGUUAAUGCUGCUGCAGUCAAUGCUAAUUCAUCGUCAACUGGUGCAAGUGUAUUUUCAAGUACGAGUGAAUCAGCCGAAACUAAACCAACUGAAAAUGGCGAAGCUUUUAAUUUGGACGAUAUUGAUUUUGAUUUGGAAGAUAUUAGAAAGGAUGCUGCUCAACCAUUUAUGCAAAUCGGAAAGAAAAUUAAGAUCAAAUUGAUCAUUGCUGAAAUUUGUAAAUCUGAUACACAAAAGGCUUUGAGAAAAAUGUUGAGUCCAAUUUUGACUAAAUUGGAUUACCAACAACAAUUUGGUAUGUUCCACUCUGCCCUUGUUAUUGGUCCUUGGUAUUUAGAGUGGAACAACUCAUCCUUAUGUAUUCCUAGAAAGUGUUAUAGUAGUGCUGCCAUGAUUGCAGCUGAUUUGGAAUAUCAAGGUGUUGCAACAUUUGACUUGACGACAACUAUUGAAAAGAUUAGUAAGGUUAUUAUUGAUUGGAAUGUAAAUAAGGAAUAUGACCAACAAAAUGCAAAUUGCCAACAAUUUGUUGAUGACAUUAUCAAAGCUUUGGAUGUUCCUGUUGUUUUUACUGGUGUUUUAGGAGAAUAUUUGAAUAACUUGAGAUCAAAGGGUGAAUGUAAAAUAUUCUUCCCAGUGAAUGAAAACUUGAGAGAAAAAUUUGGUAUCAAGGAAUCUCAAGUUGGAUUCAAGACCCAUGCCGAAUUGGAUAAAUUUGUCAAGGAUUUAAUCGACAAGGAACCAUUGUUUGAACAGGAUUAUCCUGAGGAAUGGAACUUGUUGAAGAGUUUCGACAGAGCUUUCUGGUUACGUCACUUCCGUCACGAUAAAGAUCCAACAUACCAACCUCAUGAAUGUCCUUUCAAUGAUCCAUCUGUGACAGCCAGCUUUAAGAAAGAAUGGUUCUAAACAAUGUGUAACAUUGCACGUGUUACUGAGCUUGCUGUUCCCAAUUUCAUUGUACUACUGUAUUUAUAUCAAGUAAAUAAACAUUAACCUCAAUAAUAUUUCUUUACC